CAUACACAGCUUGUUUGAAGUCGUACUGAUAAAGUUUCCUUGAAGUCUGUCCAUCCAUUAUGUAGCAGGUUUUUUGGUCUGUUUGCAUUUUGAUCAUUUAUUCUGAUAGUGACGUUUUUGUGGAACUAUGGGCGAGGUCACUUAUUGUACAAAUACCAGGGUGAAUGCUGGGAAUGCAGAAGUGAAUAUCAUCAUACAUCAUAUUGCACCACUGCAGGUCCCACAAAUGAUUUAUUAUCAUGUGCGGAUGUGUUUUUAAUCUCUGUAGCUGAGUUAUGACAAUGUCAUUUUAAAUUUUGUUGUAUAUAUAUGUGCUUUCCAAUGUGAAAUCCUUUUUUGUUUGGGACAUGUACACUUUCACAGUGGUCAGACCUGUGCCUGUCCCUAUUUGGAUCAGUCUCCAAAGCAUUACACCAUCCUACAAUUGCCAAAACACUCCCUUAAAGUGGCUCUGAGCCAGAAGCCCAAAGACGGGAGCGUUGCUGCUCCGUACUUCUAUCUCAUCUGGAAAACUCACCAAAGAUUUACCAAAGUAGUUUUCUGUUGACGAGGGACGUGCAAACUCAGGGUGAAACCUCAUUUUAACCGCUGUGGCGUGGACUUUGAUCUGCCAUCAUAUAAGAGCAAUGCAUUUCUCAUUAGAGUGACUAAGAAGGCAGAUAUGUUUCUUCUCAGAUCUGAUUAGAGCCGUUUCCUGGGGUCUGACGAUGCAGCGACACUUUUCUAUUUCCUAGUGGCUGAACACUUCACAUUCUUACCGGACAAUGGAUUAUACCAACAUAUCUAAACAAAACCGAGGACGGUCAAAGCUCAGCAGACUGUUGUUGCUGCUGUUUCUGGCAGGCCUUCAGCCAGUACUGUCCACAGAUGGUGACAAACUAGACGAACCAGAUGACCCAGAUGAAGUAGAUGAUGAUGAUCAGGAAUUCAGCUGUCAGAUUGUCGGUCCGGACUACGUGACUGUGGGAGUGCCCAGCAGCGUUAUGUGUGAUGCCAACUGCCCUGCGUGUACCUACUCUAUGUCUAUGGAUGGACAGAGUGCCCAGGGUCAGGAAAACGUGCUCGCCUUCACUGUUUACAGAUGGAUGGAGGCCUUAACAGUGACAUGUACGGCCACAGAUGACGACACAGGGGUGACUGCCACGGCAACAAAGCAGCUGCAAGUGUUAGCUGGACCAGCAAAUGUUUCCAUCACAGGCCCUGAUUUAUUGAAUCCGUCAGUGAGCCACACCUACAGCUGCCACGCCUACUGUCGGCCUUCUUGCUCCUACGCUUGGAGGACCGAUAAAGGCCCGUGGAUAGGAAGUCAAGGAAAUGUUAUCUCUAUCACUCCUCAGGAGAUGGACAACUCCAAAAUUCUCAUCUGCAAAGCUAUCAAUACUGUGUCUGGGCUGUUUGUCGCUGCUACUCGAAACAUAGCUAGCUAUUACAUCUGGUCCAUCAAAGGUUCAAAUCAAUGGCACCGACAUAAUAGAAAUUGCAAAAACGUACAAGUUUGUGUGCACUGCUGAAUGUCUGCCGUCUUGUCGCUUCGUGUCGUCAAUGGGCAGUCACACUGUGAGGGGCAACGUGAUCGAGCUGACAGUGGAUUAUCCGCUUAAAUCGGUCACUCUCAAGUGUGAGGCGCAAAACACCGCUUCAAGGAGGACAGCGACAGUCUUAAAGACUGUACAAAUAAAAGGGUCAGACCGAAACCUGUCCACUCGUCCUGAAGAGACUUCAGCUGUGCUUCUGCUGGCUUUCAUCAUUUCUGCUGCCUUCACACUCAUAUGAUCCCACUGAGGACGGCUGAAGCUUGCUACUGUAUGAUCCCUGCAACAUGUGGUCUUUGUGGCUUUUUACUUAAAAAGAAUAACUUCACUAUUUUUAAUGGUAAUAUUAUUAAUUGUAGUUUUUAUGGUUUAUUUUAAAAAAAAUAUGUCUAAUUGUUCUCUUUGUCUUCGUCUGUCAGAUCUUUCUUCGUGAAUAAAAGUGUGUCGAAUGAAUGACUCAUGCACCGGUAAUCUCACUCUGCAUACUGUUCUUUUCUAUUUGAUAUGUUGACCGUAGGCUGAACUCUGUUUGCACUUUCUGCUGAGAGGCAAAAGUUUGAAAAUAUAAACGUGUGCACAUGUAAUGUCAGAAUUUGUUCACUUGUGAAGAUACUUGUAAUUAGCCUUGACUAGAGACCUGUAUGCAUUGCAUCAACUUUGUAUUUUACAUAUGAAGCGAUGUUUCAUACAUUUGUCCUUAUCAGAUAAAUUAUAAAGUGCAUAAAUAAAUAAAAUCUUUGUCGGGUACUUCUGCAAUAAUAU